AUGGAUGCUCUACUAUUCACUGUGGUGGUUGGAGCGGUCUUGUUGUUGGUGGCAUUUUUCUCUGGACUGAUGUGGCUCCGGUCCCUGAUUAAAGGGCUACUGUUAGGCCUUCAAGGUGGUAGUUAUAACGCUGAAAGGAGAGUAUCUAGCAACCAUCAUGGUUUAGAAUUGCUUAGAAGUGAAGAUGAGCAAACCGAGGAACAAGAUGACACAACAACAUCAUCACCAUACACUGAAAGAGGAGUACCUAGAAACAUUCAUGGUUCAGAAUUACUUAUCAAUGAGGAUGAGGAAACCGAGCAACCAGAUGAUGCAACAACUGAACAAGAAUACUCCGAACAGCCACAAGAUGGAACUGUGUGCAAAAGACAAGUUCAAGGUCACGAUUUAGAAGACAUCGUAGAUGUGACAGAAAGACAAGGAGCCGUAUCUGAGAUCGGUGACGUCACAGGGAUGCAGUGUACCGCUUACGUCACCGAUUCCACCAACGUCCGCAUCCUGAACGUAGGCGCCAACUCCGUGGUACAUUAUGGGAUGCAAGAAGAACAACCACCUGUUGAUGACGAGCCGCCCACCCCCGUACUGUGCAUUGUGCACAAGCCCACUGGACCAAUCACGUCGCUCCGCAGGCGGUCACGUGAUCCCGACCCUGAGGAAGACUGUCGUCUACUGUUCGGGGUCAAAAGUGACGUCAUCAGUAACGAGCUCAUGACCUUGACCUUCAGCGAGAACCUGUCGAACGGCAUUGUGGGAACGGACAUCAAUGAUCCUUCUCGCCGGUACCUUAUAGACGUAACUUCCAUCAGUAAUGUGUCCAGUAGCGAUGAUCACUGCGAGAGGCCGUCCCGUUGCCAGUACUGCCCGUUACUCCCAGACCCUUCACAGAUAACACUGACCAAAAAUGUCUGCGGAUUUUGGCUACGAUUCUUCGGACCGGCAACUACAUUUGACGUCACCCUUGGUCUCCGAGUCGCCACACUUCGGCACGACGAGACGUUUCUGGAAUCACCCGAACCCUUGCCGAGUGACUCCGAGACCAUAGAACUCGUGGACGAAGUGACGAUAAGCAUCGAAACUUGCAACUCUCGAAGGAGACGAAAGAACAACUCGGAAACAGAAGUCAGGGACAGAGAUGGCGACGAUUUGAAGACCACAAGAUGGAAAGAUGUUUGGAUCCAUGGAUCAAAAGAGAUGACAGACAGUUCAUGUGCCCUCGUGCCUAGAACGAUGAGUCGUACAAAACGAACAGGCAGUCUGAAGACAAAAACGUACGGCCAGGUCUUGAGUCGCCUGGAAAUGUUGGGAGAGGAGGGAAAAUGGGCAGAAUUUGACUACUUCUCUGUCCAGCUGGUGAAAACGUACGAAAGAAAAGACGUGGACUUAUACCUUGUCGUCGUGUUGGAGCAAGCCUUUGCGGAGUACUACAAGCGGAACCUGGGAGCAGCGGUGACCAUCGCAAAAGGCGCGCUGAGGACGCUGAAGAAGAGACCAGCGGACAACAGCACCAUGCUGGCCGGGCGGACCUACUACCUGCUGUCUGCUAUCUACCAGGUCGCCAGGAAGUACGGGGUUGCGGAGAGGUGUAUGGAGCAUGCACAGCAGGCUUUGUCCGACUUUGAAAUCGGCGAGGACACCGGAAACGCCUGCUACAACAAAGGGUCGCUGUACACCGACAUGAUCGCAAACGACAGCUGCCCAUCUGACAGGAUGUUCGAUGAGGUUCGUGAAAGCCUAGAGUUGGCCAUUUGCCACUGGCGGAAGGACCCGUCGGGCUGCGUGGCCCACCAGAGGCGAGCCCACACCAAGCUCGCCUCGGCUCUUCUCGUGUGCGAUUCCCAACAAGGACGGGCACGAACCGUCAACCCGAGAAACGUCGAGGCCGCCCGAAGAAGCAUCGAAACGGUUCGGAAGGAGCUGUGGCAGGGGAUGCCGAAGAGAGGGCGUUGUCGCUUCCUCCUGACUGAAUCAGAUCUGUACUACAGAGAGAAAGGCUACACACUCUCACAAGAGAAGGCUGAAGAAGCGAGGAAUCUUGCCGAAGAGUGUGGCUUCAAGCUUGAAGCAGACAUGGCAAAACAACGUCAGGUUGUUCUGCUGUAG